GAUUUCAUGGUUUUAAAACCUUCGUGAAACUUUAUAUUUUUAUUAUUAUUAUUCAUUUUUGUGUGUGAUUUCUUGGACUAAAAUUAUUAACGAAACGGUCCUUUUAACUGUUUACUGUUGUUGGUGAUUUUUUCACUUAAAGUGUUCGCCGAACAAGUGUUCUCAACUCAAGAUAAUAAAUGGUGGUGGCUCCUUCAUCAGAAAUUAAUCUUGGAACUGGACUUCUUUUUCACCGCAAAAAUAUAACUUCAAAUAAUUUCUCGAAGUAAAGAGAAAAAAGUAAAAAUGGCGCUGAAUUUUGUGUACAGUGUAAGUGUAUAAUGCUGUAUGAGCCGCAGCCCAUGAAACUUUCAGCCACGGCCCAGUGAUGGCCUGUCCGAUAGCGUUGCCAGACGCACGAUCAUGGCUUAAUUUAACCUUCAAUAAAAUAAUAACUACUGAGGGCAGAGGGCUGCAAUUCGUUAUGUUUGAUAAUUGGAGGGUGGAUGAUCAACAUACCCAUUUACAUCCCUCUACCCUCAGUAGUUUUUAAUGACCUGAGGGCGGACAGAAAAAGUGCGAACGGACAGAAAAAGCCAUUUCAAUCAUUUUCUCUUCCAGAAAACUAAAAAGAUGUCAACUUGAUUGCUGAAUCAUGUAUAUUAUUCAUUUCAUACAAUGAGGACAUCAGUGAACAUCGGGUCUUUUAUUCCAGAAGCGUAACAACAGUUGCGAAAAUUCACUCACUUUUGGUUUCCCUGGCCACAUUGUGACCCAUUGUAUACCGCCCACAACUAACUCCAGAGGUCAUUUGCAAGUCUCAGUAGCUUCGUUAUGUUUUCCUUCAUCUCGAGUAGGACUUGGUAGGAUACUCUUUGUGAACGUCUGUGAAACUUGAAACUGGUCAAAAGAGCUCUUCACGUCAAGCUCUUGUAGAAUUUUCCCUUCAUAAUCAACUGAAGAAACUGUCGAAGUGACUCCUCGUAUCAGAAGGAAGUCCGUUUGCCUCUGAAGGAAAAGGUCAGCAGGUCAAAUUGCCAUGGCAGGAAAGGAACAGGUCAAAUCACCGAAGCUGGGCAGCAGAAACACACUUCCCAGGCACGUCACCGGGCCAAGUCCACCACCGGUUCCCCCUCGCGACGCGAAGCCAAAACUGAGCAAGAAAGAACCCCCUCCGAAGGCGUGCUGGCGCCCUACGAGUCCUCCGAGAGCCUUUGCCCCACUUCCUCCUCCGUGCCUGACGAAUCGAGCUUCUCCUCGGUAUCACAUCGUUCAGGAUGUCUUGGGGGCAACUCGCAACGAACUCUCGCAUUCGAGGAAAUGCACGAAGGAGCCUCCACUGCCGGCGCGACCGCCACCAACGAGGUUAGCCCCGAGGAGGAACAUUUCCGAGCCGUUCCCCUGCAACUGGAGUGUGGCCUCCAGGAGGGACGGGUUCGAGCAGCCGCCACAUGGCCCUCGGGAGCGCAUGGCCCCUAUGUCGAUGUCACAGCCCGAAGCAGUGAUUAAGAGGGACCUCGAGAGGAUCAGGAUACCUGCACAAUUGCGGAAGGCUUACGAGAACCACUGGCCUUUUCUCGUCGAUCGACCUGAGCGAGAGAAAACUGAAGAUAUCGCUCAAGCUCUUAGCAACGAUGCACUCGGCGAGAGCGGGGAAGUCCACAUUGUUAUACUCUACGCUCAAGAUGGCUCUGACUGGAAGAACUACCUUUACGAACUGUUCACCCAAAUGUUUCCAAAGGAAGAAGGAUGCCAAGCAGUCAGAGUCGAGGUGAAAAAUGUUGAGGAGAUUGAUGACACCGUCGGAGGUCUGGAAGCGGUGAAGCUGAAAGAGGCCAGGUUGCAGAUCGUCAUCAUUUCGCCUCGAUUUAUGGAGCACAUAGCCGGCCAAGGCAGGAGCGAGAUAGGCCAGCUCUUCGAACCAGAAAAGGUUUUGGGUCUCCUACUCGGAGUCAAUGACAGCCAGUUUUCCAUGGCACAUUUAUCAGCCCUCUACUCCUACAAGGACUGGCACCGUCUAAAAGUCCGGAAUUCAGAUUUGAACUUCGUCGAAGAAGUCCGCUGCGAGGCACUGAAGAUUCUUAACAAGAACAAACUCUACAUUGACUUCCUCGAUGAGAGGGCAGCCAAGUUCAAGGUGUCUUCAAGGAAAAUAACGAUGACACAAAAGCAACUUUACGUUAUACUUAAUGAAGAAGUGGGAAAGUCCGAUUCUGUACAGGUGUUCAUAGAAGUACCUGGAAGGAGACCAGCACCCAUCCAAAAAUAUCAUCUCCUGAAUCCAUACACCAUAUGGUUUACAAUGCCAGAGGAGUUCUUGAAAACGUUAUCAAUUCUACAAAUCAGCAUUCUAGUCAAUGGGGUUGACAUGGGCUCUCGACAGCUGAAGUGCGAGAGUCACAUGGACACACUGAGGGAUAUUUUAGCCUGCGUUGCAAAUCCAACCGAAUUUAUGUGUCAGGCCCUUAAUAUUAAUCCAAUAUGUGAGGAUCUCGACCAGAAGCUAGCAGAAAAGGUAAAACAUCGAAUGCCUCUUGCCAAGAUUGAUGAGCCUUUGAUACAAAGAGAAGUUGGUGAAUUCCCAACAUGGCUGCACUUCAGCGCUUAUUACGGUCUGGAGCGACUGACUUGGGCCUUACUUGAGAUUCCAGGUGCUGAAGAAGCACUGACCUCAUCCAACUGCUAUGGACAUACACCCUCUAUUCUUGCCUACAAGAAGGGUUUUUAUUCUUUGGCUCAGAAACUUGAAGAUGUUGUGUUAGUGUCAUCAUUAGCAGCCAAAGUGAGUGACAUUCCAAGAGUGUACAACUACAUUUGUACUCUGAAAGAUUCCCCUUGUUCACAUGAAAUGUACAACAGUCCCCCUCCCCCUCGUCCUUUAGCUACAGCAUCAAGCAGCGUAACACUGCCAAAUUAUGAUACUUUGCCAGCACCAAGAGUUGUAACUUCUAGUUCAUCUACUCCUGGAGGUAUAACACCUCCAGAUAGUGUGAACACAUCUCCAGUACCUAAAGCAUCCUGUAAUGAACCUCAAGCAGCCAAAGAGAGCCUGAAUUUAACCCCUACACCUGUCACAGAUAAGGCAAGUUGCACAGCAGCAUCUGCAGUGCACGUGCUUCACAAAACCAAAGCUGAUGAGAAGCCCUUGGAUUGUUAUCUUGAUAUGAAUGUUUCGUCAGAUAGACAUGGAAAACUGUUUGACUACAGGGAAGAUGUUUACACCUUGAUUGAAGCAUGGAAUGACAAGACGAACAUUAAAACAUUUGUGGAACGAAACCAAAGUGAAAUUGACAAGAUGAAAAGCAGAUUGGAAGCUGCUCACCAGGAACUUAAUGAUGAGAUGUGUGGAAGACUUACAAAUGAUGAAACACUUCCUUCUACUCCUGCAGAAAAUAACAGAUUUUCUAAUGAUACCCACCAACAGAAAACUUUGGUGGAAAAAUUUAUUACCCUGUUCCAAGACUCUCCAGCAGGCAGUGAGAACAAUAAUUGUUGUGAAAUGGCUGACAGUUCUACACCAAACCAAUGUAAUGGGCUUCAGGAUGCUACGUCACCACCAGAUGAUGUCUUAAAGAAGAGAAAGAAUUCACAGCAGUCUUGUGUACUCAGGGACAGACCUCCAGUUCCUAUGCCUCGUCCUGAAUCUGAUGUAUACCUGACUUCUGAUCAGCUCCAUACUCCAAAACAGUUUGAGAUAUUAAUUGCCAAGAAGCAGUUAGAAGAGGAGGAGGAAGAGAAGAAGAGAAAACUGGGGAAAUCUUCGUCUUACACCAAUGUUCCAGGAAUGGCUUUGGUCGUCAGGUCACCAAGAAGUAUUUGUGUAGGCGGUAAUAAAUGCCCCAGCGCAUCACCUCCCAAGAACACUGAAGAAAAUGGUGCUGAGGAGGAGGCACUCUAUACAAAAGUUGUAUAAAAGUGAACUUUUCAUAGAAGUGAUUUUAUGAACAUAAACUCCUGCAUUUUAUGAAGAAAUUUAUUUUCUCCCUAUUAAUUUCAGUCCAAAGAAGCAAAGGACUAAAAAGUACAGAUAUUAUUUUUCACUCUUUGAUACUUCAUUUGCAUACAAAAAACUUGCAGUAAUGACGAAAACAUUUUGCUUAAAGUAUUCUGCAUCUGCAAAAUUAUUGUUUGCUACAUUUUUAAAUUUUAUGAAUAUGCUCACAUUUUAAAUGUUUUAAACAUUUAAAACUUAAUUAUUUUAAUAAACAUAAUCAAUUUGUUCUGUUAAGCAUAUUUAUCACACCAGACUUGAAUUUCCUCAAGAAUCAGCAUCUGAGGACUUAGAUGGCCUUACUAAGUAGUAUUAUGUAUGUGAUUGUGAAAGUUUAAUUCUAAAGCAUGAUCUAAUGUUCACACACUGGAGGUUAUUGCUUUGUGAAGUCAUGAUUUAAUGCAAACUCAGGUAACAAUGGUGUUUGCUAACUUGGCGUUUGUAAGUCUGUAUAUUUGUGGAUGUUGUAGGCAUUUCUUUUCUUAUUUGGUGAAAGUUGCUUCCAAAACUGAGACAAGGAGAUGAGAAAGUAUUGAUGGGUAAUGCAGAAGACUUGGGGAAAGUAAAGUACUGAAAUGGUAGUUUAAGCCUGUAAAUCAGGAAAUUAUCAUUAUUAUGAAGUAUAUUUUAACCAGACCAUUGAGUCCCAUUUUGUUAGUUGCAGGUUCACCUCAAGGGUUUGAUUUUAACAAGCGCUGACAUAGGACAAAACUAAAGAAGUUGGAAAGCUGAUGAAAAGACUUUACUACUGCCCACAAUGUCUCAUGAAAUGCAUUGCAGGUAAUACCCAGGUUAGGUUUACAUCUACAUAACUGCAAAAGACAUUAUAGUAAAGGAAUGUACUUUUUACCUUCAGCCUCUACUAUUUAACAGAAAACCAAGAGGUUCCAUCGAAUGACUGACUUACAUAAUUAUAUUAUUGUAAAUGGUUUCAUUGCAAUUCCUCACUAGGGGAGGACUUAAUGAUGACUUAAAGAAAGUUCUUCUGUCAUCAAACAAAUCUGUUAUAUUGAUUAAAAGCACUGUACAGUAGUCCUAGUCAAUUCUCAGGGGAUAAACAAAAUGCGUAGUACAUACAAAGAUGUUAGAUAUCAAAGAAAAGUUUUAUUGCCAUACACAAAACCACAAGGAAACUUUUCCUUAGGGUAAGAUAAAUUUAUCAUUUUUUAGAUUUCGAAGAUGGAUGAAGAUUCAUUUGUUUCAAAGACAUUACUUUACAGAAAAAGAAUAGGAAACAAUGUCUACUGACUUUUUGGAAAUCUCUUCCAGUUUGGAGUUUAUUUGAAAAGUUCACAACUGCAUUAUAUCUGGUUAGUUUUAAGGCAAAAACGUUAAUGUUUCCUGUUAUCACAUAUUACUUUAAUAAUCAUUUUAUUAUAUUUAUUAUAAUCAGCCCACUGGUAAAUGUACAGCAUAAGGAACUGUUGUUUCAAGGAUAUCUGGUCAUUUAUUUUUGCAUUUUUUACAUUACUGUCAUAAGAAGCAGAUGAACUUUUUGUCAUUUUGUGUUUGUAGAUGUUCAAAUUACACACCGAUUACUGUAGUGCAGUAUAUGUAAUACUGUAACAGAAUUAUACAUUUUGUUCUUUUA